CAUGUGAGCAGCAGACCGGAAGUUGUGUCAACUCCGUCAUGGCGGCUGUAGAGAAGAGUCCUCUGUGAGCAGCUCUGAGGUUUAACAGCUCACUGAGUCUAACCUGAGAGAUCUCUGAGCUUUUUAAAGAGUUUUUAUGUCAGAUUUCAGAAUGGGUUUUAAAUAACAUCAACAGGUUCGAGUGACGAAGGAUAAACAUCCGGGGAGAAGACAGAAGAGACCGCCCUGACUCAUCCUCCGAGAGUCAGCCAUGUCUCUAGGCGAGCACACGUCGGACACGGCGCCCUUCUUCUCCGACGACAGCGAGGCGGAGGGUCAGGAGGAGCGAGGCGCCGGGGAUGGAGGGGCCGGAGGGACGGAAGAGGAGUCGGCGAGCGGGGUGACCAGAGUCCGAGCGCUGCUGACCGUUUUCAUCCUCUGCUACAUCAACCUGCUCAACUACAUGGACAGGUUCACCGUGGCGGGUGUUCUCCCUGACAUCGAGCAUUAUUUUGCGAUUGAUGAUGAGAAGUCCGGCUUACUCCAAACAGUGUUUAUCUGCAGCUACAUGUUCCUGGCUCCUGUUUUCGGAUACCUGGGCGACAGGUACAACAGGAAGAUCAUCAUGAGUGUUGGCAUCACGUUCUGGUCUUUGGUGACUCUUGCCAGCUCCUACACCCCCAAAGAGCACUUCUGGGCCCUGCUGUUGACCCGAGGCCUGGUCGGGGUCGGAGAGGCCAGCUACUCCACCAUCGCUCCGACCAUCAUCGCUGACCUCUAUGUGAAAGAAAAGAGGACUAACAUGCUCUCCAUCUUUUAUUUCGCCAUCCCUGUCGGCAGCGGUCUCGGGUACAUCGUCGGCUCACAGGUCAGCAGUGCUGCUCAAGACUGGCACUGGGCUCUGCGGGUGACCCCGGGUCUGGGCCUGAUCGCGGUGCUGAUGCUCCUGAUCGUCGUCAAGGAGCCGAAUAGAGGCGCCAUCGAAGCUCGGCCUGAGCAUCACCUGCACCAGACCAGCUGGCUGAAGGACCUGCAGGCUCUGAGCAAGAACUACAGCUUCGUGUUGUCCACCUUCGGCUUCACGGCGGUGGCGUUCGUCACCGGCUCUCUGGCUCUCUGGGCUCCAACGUUCCUCUUCAGAGCCGCCGUGUUCAACGGGGAGAAAGGUCCGUGUCUGGAGGGGAACUGCGCCUCCUCAGACAGUCUGAUAUUCGGGGCCAUCACCUGCGUCACGGGUGUGCUGGGCGUGGCCAGCGGCGUGCAGGUGAGUCGGUAUCUGAGGAGGUGGACGCCGAGAGCCGACCCGCUGGUCUGUGCAGCCGGCCUGCUCCUCUCUUCACCUUUUCUCUACCUGGCCAUCGUCUUCGCUCAGAAGAGCACCGUCGCCACAUACGUGUUCAUUUUCUUCGGAGAGACGUUCCUGUCCAUGAACUGGGCCAUCGUGGCCGACAUCCUGCUGUACGUUGUCGUUCCAACUCGUCGCUCCACGGCUGAGGCGUUUCAGAUCGUCAUCUCACAUCUGCUGGGAGACGCAGGAAGUCCGUACCUCAUCGGAGUGGUCUCAGACUCUCUGAGGAAGACGGACUCGUUCCUGUGGGAGUUCAGGUCCCUGCAGCUCUCUCUGCUGCUCUGCUCGUUCGUAGCCGUGUUCGGCGGGGCCUUCUUCCUCGCCACCGCCCUCUUCAUCGAAGGAGACCGCGAACGUGCCGAGAACUACGUCCCCUCAGAGGAGCAGACCUCUGCGGAUAAUUCGUCUCCCGGUUGAAAGCCGAUGAAAUGAACAAUGAAACCGUGACCUCACGCUGAGAUGAUGAGCCGAUUGUUGUCCCUAAAAGCGGGCGCUCCACUCGGGUCCCGGUCUCCAGCGUGUUGAUCUGAUGAGGGUCCAGGUCCAGACGUCUCCUGUGCUUUAAUUUAAUUUAAUUUUUUAGGACACCACCUGGAUUAUCUGCCAUGCAGAGAGGUUUUAGGAGGCUUUUGUUUUUACAGUUUGGACUCUAUUUUUAUAUUUUUAACAAGCCCUUGGAACAUGCCGCCACUUUUGGAGACAUUUUUGUCUCCACAUCUAAUUAUUUUUUUUGACAUGACUUGAAAAUAUUUGAAGGACAGACGUAAGACCGAGCACGAGAGACUCUCUGAGGAGAAGAUCUGCGGGACCUGACCUCCUCCACCCUGAUAAAUAUUUUUUAUUACAUUUUUUAUGGAGUAAAAACGGAUCAUGAGGGAUCGGCAGGAGAUCCAGGAUGAUCCGUGUCCUCAGUAGACCCAAGACCAAAACAAGGCUGUGCUCCUGAACCCCUCCCAGACAAGCAUUAUGAAUCAGUCUCCACUCCUUUAUGUUUGAACACAUUUUAAAGACAACACUAACCUUCUUACAGUUCAGGAAGUUUCACUACCACUGUUUAAAACACAUCAGAGCUUUUAUUCAAGUUUGUUUUUACUGGAAGUCUCACAGCUUUUAAUCCUCUUUCUGUUUCUGUGUUCUGGGAGUCAGCCGAGGGCUUCGUUUCAGCGGGUGAGCAAAACGUCAGGAACGUUAUUAAAGGAUAAAAACCUUUUAAAGAAUGUCAUUAAUCAAAGUUGUUAACCUCAUUUUAUUAUUUUAGCUAAUCUUUUUUGUGAACUAUUAAAGGAACAUUAACUUGU